AUGGCGAACCAUAGUGAAGUUGUUAGAUCGGAGCGUGUAGUCAACGAACGCCGACGAGUGGUGUGGACACAAGAACUGAUGUUCAAAAUCAUCGACGCUGUGAAGGAGGAACCACUGCUGUGGAACCCCUUGCACGUGGACUUUAAACAUCGUUCGAAGAAGAAUGCAGCUUUUGUUCGAGUUGCUGCCCAGCUGCAGCUACCAAUAGAAGCAGUGCGCCAAAAAUGGGAUGUGCUGAAAGGCUCAUACCAUAAAAAUCGCCGAGCGCUAGAAAACCAGCCGGCAAGUGCGAUACGAUGGUUUGCCUUCGAUAGGCUAUCGUUUUUGGCUCCUGCUGGAGUGGUUAUCGGAGCCUCGGAUGUAACGGACGUCCCAACAAGCAGUGAG